UCAACUGUCCAUAUGAUCUCGAAGUAAGCUGCUAGCUCAUACAUCAGAGGAACUACAAGCUAGACACGAAAGCUACCACACUUCCUUCCAGUAGACAUGUAAAACUAAAACAAACCCAAGAUCAUCAAAUCAAAUUCAAUCCCAGUCUACGACUUAGCCGCAUCUACUUGAACUAAUGACCGCAGGUGGAAAAGUUAGAAGAUAAUGAACCAAUGGGUAAGCACUUUGCUUACAUACAGCCGAAGAUCAAAGGACAAAGCAAUCGCUUUCACAUUUCCUCGGCAGAGGACUACGGAGAGAAGCCAUUCCCUGUCUCUAACUUGUCCAUUACAGCCAACAUUGUCCAGUUAUAUCAGCAAUAGAACACAAAACAUCAAUAUUCAAGUUGAUCGGAGCAGUUUCCAAGCAACAAACACCAAUCAAACAACAAAUGCUUCCAACUCAUCAAGCAUUCUUCCAAAAAAAGCAAAUCGACAAGUCAUCUAUUCUCGAUUUCAUCAUAUCAUGGAAGGAGCUUUACCAAACUACUGGACGAUCCGAGGGCCGCGGAGCAACGAAUAUGAAGCGGGAAGAGAGGAACGGCAGCAGCGACGAGAGCGACGGAGAACGAAGCUUGGUGGCGGUGGUGGCGAUAAUGGAGACCGGACAGCCCGCUCUUUUUUCUCCCUCCCUCCCUCUCGAUCUCGGUACCUCUUACCACUUCUUCCCUACUACCUACGACGGGCGACAACAAUGGCAGCGGAGCUGAACAAGGCGCCGCCGCGGAGGCUCUCACAGCUCGCCUCUGCGGCAACCCUAGAGUUCUCUUCGCUCCCUCUUUCCGACCAACGAUCUCCACUUGCGUAGGCGAAGAUCCCGAAUUCACCUUAAUUUCCCUUUACUCGUUCCCUUAACGCUCGGAUUCCUUCUUCAACCUUUCCUUCUUUGAACCUCCUUUUCUUUUUUUCCCCAUUAAAGCCCGAUCCCGCGUCCCUCUUGUUCUUUCUUAUUCUCUCUCCCGUCCAAAUUAACAAAACGACAACUUCAUCCGCUAUAAAACGCGCACGCCGCCUGAAAUUUAAUUUUCACCCCAUGGUUCCCCUGCUCUGUUGUUAACUUUAAUUAAAAAUUGUAAUUAAA